AUGGCCGCCACAAAUGGUUUCGGGACCCAGAAGGUCCCCCGACUAUCCAGCCUGGAUGCUUCUCGGGCCGACCUCUACGGCGGUCCCAACGUUGUCAUGCCUCCCAAGCAUCUCAUGGCCAACAGCGACGCCCACGACAUGGCGAUUGAAAUGGAUAUGGCAAAGCACCACCUCGAGGAAGAAGUUUCCUCAGAGGAGGAGUCCCCUCUUGAAAAGGACUCUCCUUUCAUACGGCCUGCCACCACCACCGCGGACGAGUUCGCCCUGGCUUUUGAUAUCGAUGGCGUUCUCAUCCGUGGCGGGCAACCGAUCCCCGAGGCUGUCGAGGCUAUGAAGUACAUUAACGGCGAGAAUCCCUAUGGUAUCAAAGUUCCAUACAUCUUCGUCACAAAUGGUGGCGGAAAGACUGAGGCAGAACGCUGCGCAGACCUCAGUCGGCAGCUCGAGCUAGAAGUCUCGCCUGGUCAGUUCAUCUGCGGCCACACCCCGAUGCGGGAAAUGGCCGAAAAGUACAACACCGUCUUGGUGGUCGGUGGCGAGGGUGAGAAAUGCCGUAUCGUCGCCGAGGGGUACGGCUUCAAGGAUGUCAUCACGCCCGGCGACAUUAUCAAGACACGGCACGAUACCACACCCUUCCGGAAGCUGACGGACGAGGAGUAUCGCAACUCGCGCGAACGCAACUUUGACGAUGUCAACAUCGAGGCCAUCUUCGUCUUCGCCGAUAGUCGCGACUGGGCCGGUGACCAGCAGAUCAUCCUGGACCUGGUGAUGUCGAAGCAGGGCCGGAUUGGCACCCGCUCCGAGACCUUUGACGAGGGCCCGCCGGUCUACUUCUCGCACAACGACAUCGUCUGGUCGACCUCGCACGAACACUCGCGUAUCGGCAUGGGUGCGCUGCGUGCCUCGCUCGAGGCCCUCUACAAGGCCGUCACGGGCAAGGAGCUGACCACCAUCGCCUUUGGCAAGCCACAGCUCGGCACCUUUGCUUUCGCCACCCGCCUCCUCCAACAGUGGCGCAAGGACACCCACGGCAUCGACCGGCCGCCUCAGACCGUCUACUUUGUUGGCGACACCCCGGAGUCCGACAUCCGCGGCACCAACGAGUUCAACGAGUCCCAUCUGAGCGAUGCCAACUGGUUCUCCAUCCUCGUCAAGACCGGCGUUUACCAGGAGGGCACUAUCCCGCGCUUCCCUCCCAAGAAGACCUGCAACCAUAUCCUCGAUGCUGUUAAGUUCGCUGUCCAGCGUGAAUUCGAUCGCCGCGAGGAUUCGAGUGCUACCCCGGCAGAGACCUUAGGCGGAUACUACAUGUACAAGCAGUACGCGCCAUGUGGGCACCUUAUGCAGUGA